CUUUACUGAAAUAAUUUAUUUUCUUUAUUUCAAACGAAAAUUAAUUAAUUAAUCUCUAAAGGAAUAGGAAAAAGAAGGAAAAAAAAAAAAAAAACAGGAGAAGCCUUCGAUCGUAAGGAAGUAGCAGUAGCUUAAACAGCUUCUUCUAAUCACGCGUCUCUUAAGUGUAGCAGAGACACAAUUAACACAGGAACAGAGACAAAUUAUAGAUAUUAAUCGCUGGGUUUUGUGAUCUGAUAGCGAAAAGGAAGACUCAUGUCGAUGCUGGAUUCUUUCUUCAACAAGGGCUUUAAAGCUACCAAAUGUAAAACCCUACUUAAAUUGACAAUACCGCGAAUAAAGUUGUUAAGGAAUAGGAGAGAGAUUCAGAUAAAGCAAAUGCGUAGAGACAUUGCUAAACUUCUUGAAACUGGUCAAGAAGCCACUGCUCGUAUUCGGGUAGAGCAUAUAAUAAGAGAAGAGAAUAUGAUGGCUGCUCAAGAGAUUCUUGAGCUUUUCUGUGAGCUUAUCUCUGUGCGCCUUCCAAUCAUUGAAGCACAAAGGGAAUGCCCUUUAGACUUGAAAGAAGCAAUAUCUAGCAUCUGUUUUGCGGCGCCAAGAUGUGCCGAUCUGCAAGAGUUGCUGCAGGUUCAGAUGCUAUUUGUUUCCAAGUAUGGAAGGGAAUUUGUAGCUGCUGCUACCGAGCUUAUGCCAGAAUGUGGUGUCAAUCGCCAGUUGAUAGAACUCUUAUCGGUUCGUGCUCCUUCACCUGAUGUAAAGUUGAAGCUGCUGAAGGAAAUUGCUGAAGAGCAUGAAUUAGAUUGGGAUCCUGCUGCUUCUGAAACUGAGCUUUUAAAAAAGCAUGAAGAUUUAUUGAAUGGUCCAACACAAUUUGUCAGCGGGUCUAAAUUGCCCCUUCCAGAGGAGAAACAUGAAGAAGCAUUGAAUUCUGUUCCUGAUCAGGCCCAUAAUGAACAGCCAGAUUCUGAUUCAGAUUUUGAGACGUUAGAUUUUCCUGAAGUUCCUAAAGUGGCCUUACGGCCAAGUGCAAAUACUGCCUCUGCACCAGAAAUGUUACCCAUACCACCUGCUGCACAACGUGGAAUUGAGCAUGAACCAUCAAAUCUCUCUGCAAAUUAUGAAAAUUUAGCACAGGAAUGUCAUCUAGAGAAUGAGGAUCUGACUGAAGAAGAGCCAGUGGCUACCAAGGAUGGAACUGCCAAUAUUGUAGAUGCCAAGGAAGAAAAACAGUUUUUGCCAUUUAUUUCUCCUCCAGUAUCGUCUACAUCCUUUUCUACAAGACCGAGUACUUCACCUCCUAUCUCGAGGACAAAAAGUGAGUUCAAUGUGGAUCUGCAGGAUGUUAUAGCUGCUGCUCAAGCUGCUGCAGAAACUGCUGAACGUGCAGCAGCAGCAGCUCGCUUGGCAGCUACUCUUGCACAGGCCAGGAUUAGUGUGCUCACCAAGAAAAACAGUGAGAAGUUCCCCGAGUGUAGUGAUGAGAAUCCAUUUCAUGUAGAUACUCCUGAUCAAUCACCUACGACGGAAAAACCACAUUUUGGUCAUCAGCACUCUUUUGAUGGUCCCAGUGGGGUUUCUAGUUAUCUGCACUUGCAUCAACAACAUGAAGACCACCAACCAUCAGAGUUGCAUGAUCUUCCUUCAUUUGAAAAACUUAAGAUGGAAUAUGAUUCUCCCCCUAGUGAUCUUGUUCAUGAGCAACAGUCCGUUCGUCACCAACCACAGAGAUUGCCCUCAAUGGAUGAUGAUGCAUACUUUUCAUACCCUAAUUUGUUUACGUCACAGAACCCAAAUCUUGGAUCCAGUGCUCAAUCCGGGACAGGCAAUUCUCAUUCGGCGCAUGAUGUUUGAGUUGUUAAAGUCUUUGAGCAUCUAUUUUCAAGUCUUGCGAGUGAGUGAACUUAAAGCUAUCGCAUACCUACGAUAUGGUGUUGAUUUUCCUUUCUGUUUUAUUUGUAAAGUGAUGGAAUCAUUAGCUGUUAUAGAACGAUUUUGUUCAUGGCUGCUAUUGUGUUCAAGCAGGUUGGAUAAAGAAAUUUCUACUACCAUAGUGGCUGAGAAGCCAUCUCA